AUGGCUCUUCGAUUCCAGAAAAAACGGUUUGAACUACGAUCCUUGAAACCUGCAUUGAUAACGUGUGCUGUAAUUGUGGGUGCAGGAGUAUUGGUUGUUAACACGUUUCCCCACGUCAAGACGACGUUACAUCAGUAUUUUCAUGGAUUAGGAGGAGUUGGAGGAGACCAAGAUGAUGAUGAUGAUGAUGACGAAAGCGAUGGUGGCAAGGAUGAAGAGGAGAGAAGUUUGUCGGGAGAAACCGUUGUUGUUGAGAGUAUACAUCGAGACCCGAAUGAUCCCAACAGGACGAUUGAUAGCUUUCAGGUUGUACGCUGA